UUUAAGCAUGGACAAAGAAACUUACAAAAAUUGGUAAAAGUAUAAAGAAAAGAAGAUCGUUAAUACCAAUAAGCGAAAGAGGUUAAGUGGAGGUAAUUAAUUGGAAAUGAGCGUAAAAGAUAACUCACGAGAAAAGUUGCUUAGGGGAAGAUCAAUUAGAUUAGGAGAUAAUAUUAUAUUAUUAGCAUUAAUGCGUAUAUAGUAAUAUAUAAACUUUUUAUAUUAAGAUUUUAUACGAUAGAAAUGCCAAGACGUUGCUGUAUUCCUGGCUAAGGGAAUUAUGACAGCACUUUGAAAUCAAAUAAUUAUGCUUCUGUUUUUCUCUUUCCAAAGAAUGAAGAAUUGAAAAAAAAAUGGUUAGCUGCUAUUCCUAGAAAAAAUUGGUCCCCUACAAAAUAUUCUGCAGUUUGUAGUUUUCAUUUUGCUGAAAAUGAUAUUCAAAGAUAUGAGAAAAUUGUAUGUACUAAUAAUACAAUUGAAAAUGUUUUAUUGUGUCGUCCAAAGCUUGUAGAGAAUGCAGUACCUUCUAUUUUUCCUAAUGUAUCAUCUUAUUCAAGACACGAAACUAAAAAAACCUUUUAUUCAAGACUGAAACGUAGAAAAAAUUUCAAAGAACAUAAUUAUUCCAAGCAACAAAUUAUUCCAAAUGAUGAAUGUUUAGUCCAAGAAUGUAAAGACUUAGAUUUAAUCACAGAUUUUUCAGAUUUAGUGAAUAAGUAUAAAGAAAAACUUAUAAUUUCAGAUUGUUGGAAUAUCAAAUUAAUAAAAUCUAAAAUUUAUUUUUAUAAACUUGAUUAUGAAAAUGAUAUUUUAGUACUUAAUACUCAAAUUGUUAUUAAUGACCAAAUGAAAUUAUAUGUUUUUCAUAAAGGUAAUAAAAUUUCUUCUCAUGAAUUAAAAUGGGUAUUACCUGGUGAUAUGAAAUUAUCCAGGUGGUACCAACUUCAAAAUUUAUUGACAUGGUAUAAAUGUACACCUGAUGUACCUGAUAGUGAUGAAAUAAUUCUUAUUGAAUAAUACUUUAAGAAAUUUUUAGACACAUGCAAUAUUAUAUAUAUAUAUAUAUAUGUACAUAUAUAUA